GAUUGCAAUUUGCAGAGCCACAAACAAGCCGCAAUAUGAUCUACUACAACACGCGGGACAUCGUCUCGAUCCUCACGACGUGGACGGGCUCGCCGUUCGUGGGCACGGCGCCGGUCCAGGCCUUCUCGAUGGCGUGCUUUGCGCUCAUCGUGGCGACCUUCCAGCACUUUUUUCCCACGGACUUUGACGGCCUCAACACGUCGAUCGCGCUCAAGGAUCUGCACAUCAUCGCCAACACGUUCAUUGGCCUCCUCAUCUCGUUCCGCCUCAACUCGGCGUUCCAGCAGUGGAAGUCGGGCCUUGGCGACAUUACGCUCUUUACGCAAACGGCGCGGUCCGUCGUGUCGACGUUCGCGUCCUUCUUGACCAAGUCGGACGAUAGCACCGAGCUCCUCGAGAAGAAGGAGAUGCUCGGGGACUUUCGCCGGCUCACGCUCAUCUACACGUCGCUCGUCUUCCACGACUGCCGCGAACACGACGCGUUGCCCGAGCUCCAGUCCGCGGGCUGGCUCUCGCCGAACGAGCUCAACGAGCUCAAUGCGUGCGGCGCCAUCUAUACGUCGCGCCAGUCCAAGCGCUUCUCAAGCGCGUCGGCGGCGACCAACCGCGCGCGGUCGGCGGUCAUUGAGCUCUGGAUCCGACGCGUCGUGCAGGCGGCGGCUUCCAAGAACUACUUGAACCCGCCGCAGAUGACGACCAUGAACAACAUGGUGACGCAGCUGCCGAUGAUCCACGGCCGCGUCUUCAACACGUCUAACAUCCCGAUCCCGUUCAACUACUGCCAGUACCUCAACUUUUGCAUCUACAUGUACCUCGUGCUCUACACGGUCGUGAUCGUCGACACGUCCUUAUUUUACACGCCCGGGUGGGUCUUCCUCUGGGGCAUGGUGCUUCUCGUCGCCGACACGGUCGCCAACGAGAUCGAGUGCCCGUUCGGCACGGACGCCAACGACAUUGACCUCGAAGAGCGCAUGAAGCAGCUCGAAGACGAGCUCACGACGCUCGUCCGAAGCCAAUUGCACUGCUGGGGCCUCUUCACGGCCGACGACGUCGCGAUGCUCACGCCCGCGCCCAAGACGCCGAUGACACCCGACGUCGAGACGUGCUCGCUCUACGGCAGCAAGCCGCGGAAGCUCAAGGUCAACCGCCAAGUGGGGCCGCCGCCGCCCGCGCAGGCCAGCGAAACGUCGGCCCUGCUCCCGCCGCAGACACUUCCGACGCAGACCUCGACGGGUUCCAACGAGAGCUAUGGCAUCGCCGUGUAAGCUUCGUUUGUCAAUAGAAGGAUGCCUACUUCAGGAGCG